AAUCGUAGUAUGAUUGUUUAGGGCAUCAGUCACAUACAAACAACGCUCAUUAAUACUGGAGCCUGGUCUUCCUCCGAAGGCGAAGAGACGCAUUUAUAUUUCGUCAUAUAAAGAAAUAAUUAAAUACUAAAUAUUAUUAUUAUUAAUAAAUAUCUGUAAUACUACGGGCAUUCAUAAUCAUCAAUUCCAUGGAAGAAUCCAAACCAGAGGAAAACGUGCGAUCAACGGAUGUGAAGGCCCCGAAUCUCUUGGAGAGGGCGAAAGAAGAGAUUGAAGCAAUAAUGCACAGUGAGAAAUCACACGAAAGGGAAACGCAUGGUACAAGAGAUGACAUUGAUGAAAACACCCCUCUCGAUGAGGUUAAAGCGCCCACUGUGUUCGAACGAGCAAAAGAAGAGAUCGAAGCUCUGGUUCAGACUGUUCACCCAAAGAAAGAACCCAUUAAUAACCCAGGAGGACCCCCUGAGAAAAACAGGGGUGGUUUUUGGGCUUUUCUUGGAAGUAGGUUCGAGAAAUUUUGCUCCCCAAAUCGCUAAAGUUCGCAACCAUUUCCAUUUGGAAUGCAUGUUUUGGUGGGUGUUUUUCUUUUUCGUUUUUUGUCUUCUUUGGGUGGGUUUUGUGACAUGUUUAUUUUCCAAAAGAAAAUAGAUUGGUUCCAUGGUAUGAAUAAAUUGGUAAAUUAGAGUGGUCUCUGUAUUAUUGUUGAUGAUGGUUUUGUACAAAUGGUAUUGGUAACAGUUUUCUGAUCGUUAUUUCAUUAUGUGGUGAUAAUUCUAGUUUACGGGUUUCUCUGCCUUUCGUAUU